AUGCUUUCAGGAUCUAGAACCGCUUUGAGAGCUUCUGCUCAAGCUUCCAAGCUUCGCCUGCAACUGCAGUCCAGCAUCAGAGCCGCUUCGGCCUGGUCGCAAGUGCCCCAGGGACCUCCUGCCAUUCUUGGUAUCACCGAGGCCUUCAAGGCUGACAGCCACCCUGAGAAGAUCAACCUCGGUACGAAACAGCUACGCAACCAAGAAAAGACAACAUCUGACCAUUCAAANGGUGUUGGUGCAUACCGUGACGACCAGGGCAAGCCCUACGUCCUGCCCUCGGUGAAGGAGGCUGAGCAAAGAGUCGUCAAGAAGAACCUCGACAAGGAAUACGCUGGCAUUACUGGUGUGCCCGACUUCACCAAGGCCGCCGCUGUCCUCGCAUACGGUCCCGACUCUGCACCUCUCAAGGAGGGCAGAAUUGUCAUCACCCAGUCCAUCUCUGGUACUGGUGCCCUCAGAAUUGGCGGUGCGUUCCUCGAGCGCUUCUACCCCGGCGACAAGACCAUCUACAUCCCCAACCCCAGUUGGGCCAACCACAAUGCCGUCUUCAAGGACUCAGGCCUCAAGGUUGAGAAGUACCGCUACUACAACAAGGACACCAUCGGUCUCGACUUCGAGGGUAUGGUCGAGGACAUCAAGAAGAUGCCCAAGGGCAGCAUUGUCCUCCUCCACGCUUGCGCUCACAACCCCACUGGUGUCGACCCCACUGAGGAGCAAUGGCGCUCUCUGAGCGAUGUCAUCAAGGAGAACGGCCACUACCCCUUCUUCGACAUGGCAUACCAGGGCUUCGCCAGUGGUAACACUGACAAGGAUGCCUUCCCCAUUCGCCACUUCAUCAAGGAGGGUCACCAGAUCUCUCUCUGCCAGAGUUUCGCCAAGAACAUGGUCAGUCUUCUUGGAAAUCUGUACAACGAUUUGCGCAUACUGACAUUAUCUAGNGGUCUCUACGGUGAGCGUGUUGGUGCCUUCUCCAUUGUCUGUGCCGACGCAGACGAGAAGAAGCGUGUCGACUCCCAGAUCAAGAUCCUGGUCCGUCCUCUCUACUCCAACCCUCCUGUCCACGGUGCCCGUGUUGCUUCCACCAUCUUGAACGACCCUGAGCUCAACAAGCAAUGGUUGGGUGAGGUUAAGGGUAUGGCUGACCGUAUCAUCACCAUGCGUGCUCUCCUCAAGGAGAACCUCGAGAAGCUCGGUAGCAAGCACGACUGGAGCCACAUCACCAGCCAAAUCGGCAUGUUCGCCUACACUGGUCUCAAGCCUGAGCAGAUGGACGCCCUGGCCAAGGAGCACAGCGUCUACGCUACCAAGGACGGCAGAAUCUCCGUUGCUGGUAUCACCUCCGCCAACGUCAAGCGUCUUGCCGAGUCCAUCUACAAGGUCACCGGUUAA